AGCCAGCUGAUCUGUGCAGUGGUAUUCUGAGCUUUGAGGAGGGAGCAUAGAAAGAGAGAGAGAGAGAGAGAGAGAGAGAGAGAGAGAGAGAGAGGCAGGGCUGAGAAACCUUCCUCUAUUUUGAAGUGUCGCUAGGUGAGAGAGAGGAAGCACAAGAACUCAACGUCGGCAGUAGAACGUGUGCUUGUGUGUGUGUGUGUGUGUGUGUGUGUGUGUUGGUCUACACACGCGCACAUGUGAGAGUGUGUGUGUGUGCGCAGUUUUGGUGAGCUCAGAGAAAGAGAGAGAGAGAGAGAGGUGUUCCGCUUUUGAGAAGAAGGGCGCUCCAAAGCAGCAUGAAGAAAGCAGAGCUGAGAAUGUGAAACAGAGCUCCACGUGUGCCUGGCCAGAGAGAAACACAUCUGGGGAAGUCACAGAGAGAGAGACAGAGAGAGAGAGAGAGAGAGAGAGAGGGGGCGAAGGAAGAAGGGGAAAAGUGAGUCCCUCUCAGCCUGUGAAGUCAGACGACAACAGAGAGAGAAAGAGAGAGAGAGAGAGAAAGAGAGAGCUCGAGCUGAAGCGGAGCUCUUGAAGAUGUCGUGGCUUUCGCCCGUUCAGUGGGCCAAGUGGACGUGGUCGGCGGUGCGAGGAGGAGGAGAGGAAGGAGAGGAAGGAGAGGAAGGGGAGCUGGGGGAGUCCAGCGAGGUGGAUGGACCUGAGGCUGACGAUGAGAGGUCUCAGGGCUUCAGCUCGGACUCGGAGGGGCACUUUGAGACCCCGGAGGCAGAGUCGCCUGCGCACCUCUCCAUGAAGAUACCAGGAGGAGGGCUGGAGGUCCCACACACUCCUGCCACCGCAGAUCUGGUACCAGAGGAUAAUGCGGGUCAGCUGAUCCAGAGCACCGCGGAGGUCCAGAAGCCCUCGCUGGACCAGAACCAGAACUCCAAGGAGGAUGAGCCUCUCUCGGGCCCGCCGGAGGGUUCUGCUGUAGUGGAGCAGCAGCCCGUGACCCACUUCACAGAGCCACCCCGGAACCACGCCGUGGAGGUGCAACCGGCGGAACCUCCUGUAGGGUCCGACGGUGAAGGGCUGCUUUGUAAUGGACACUCUGACAAAGGUUCCCCGAAAUCCCAGCCUCGCAAGUCUCGCAAACCCCGGCCCCCGUCCCUGACCAUGAGGACGUCCCUGAACGCCCCCGACCCGUCCGAAGUGGACGACGAACCUCCCGCUCCCCAGGCGGGCGGCUACAGCCUCGACCCGGAGCUCUGCGACAACAACAGCUUCAAUCCUUUCCUCAGCGACGGAGGGUCCGAGCUGCAGAGCUCACCACCACCACCGCCCUCAGCCACAGUUAGCCAAUCAGAGCCGGAGGUCAAGCCCUCAGAGACACGCCCACAGGAUGCUCAGCCCGUUAAAAUGGAGUUUGGCUCGAAUGGACAGGAUGCUCAGCCAGUUAAAAUGGAGUUUGGCUUGAACGACGACGAGCCCAAGAAGCCACCGCCCAGGAAGCUGGGCAAAAAGACGGCAAGCAGGCUGCCCUCGUGCAGGAAGCCGCGGCCGAAAGCAGCCGAACCCGCCGUGGAACCCACUAUGGACUCCACGUCCUCGGACCUAGCCCCAGCAUCGGCCCCCGAGUCGACGGCGACCCGAAACCUGGAUGACCUCCCCAUCCCCAAAACCUCACGCAACUUCGACCCCAGCCAGUGGGACGACCCCAACUUCGACCCGUUCGGAGGGGGCGCCAAGACGAGCAGCUCCCCGGGGCUCUCCAAAGGGUCGUAUAACUUCGACCCGGACACUUUCGAUGAUUCCGUGGACCCGUUUAAGCCCUCCAAGACACUAGGGGGCGCCGCUGACCUGUCUGACCCCGACAGGAUGGCCGAGAGGUCAGAGAACAGACAGAAACUAGACUUCGCCCUGGAGGAGGAAAAGAAAGCGCGCCAGUCUCCGAAGAAGAGCAACGACAGGAUUAUCACAAACUCGUGUAAAGUCAAGAAGUAUGAAAAUCAAGCCUUGGCCCUGGAUGUGUGCAGUCAGGAGGAGGAGUUUGAGGAGUGCCAGGCGCCUGAGAUCACCCACAGGGUCCGCCACGCCACCGACGAGGAGAAGCUGGCCUCCACCGCCAAGAGCCACAAGGGGGAGCUAGAGAGUGAGAUCUCCGACUGCCCCAAAGGCUCCGCAGGGGGCAAGAUCAAAGCGGUCAGCGACUUUGAAGAGGAGAUGACUUACCACUUCGAUGAGAAAGACUGUUGCAGCCCUAUACAGAGCGACGAGCCCCUGAAGACACACAGCCUGGGGAAGACAGGAAGUGAUGUCAUGGAGAAGGGAAGUCCCGUCCUGGACUCCAUACCCCUGAGCGAGAUGGACAAAGCGGCCGUUCUCACACUGAUCCGAGAUCAGAUCAUCGCCAAGGAGACGGAGGCCAGCGACUGGAAGAGGAAGUAUGAGGACAGCAGAGUGGAGGUCUUGGAGAUGAGGAAAAUCGUAGCGGAGUAUGAGAAGACCGUGGCGCAGAUGAUCGAGGAUGAACAGCGUAAGAACAUGGGUUCUCAGAAGAGUGUCCAGCAGCUGAUCAUGGAGCGGGACCAGGCCCUGUCCGACCUCAACUCAGUGGAGCGCUCGCUCUCCGACCUCUUCCGCCGCUACGAGAACAUGAAGACUGUGCUCGAGGGCUUCAAGAAGAAUGAGGAGGUGUUAAAGAAGUGUGCUCAGGAGUACCUGGCCCGAGUGAGACAGGAGGAGCAGCGUUACCACACACUCAAGCUCCACGCAGAAGAGAAACUCGACAAGGCCAAUGAGGAUAUAGCUCAGGUGCGUGGCAAGUCCAACUCUGAGAGUGUGGCUCUGAACGCCAGCCUCCGGAAGGAACAGAUGAAGGCCGAGUCACUGGAGAGGGCGCUUCACCAGAAGAAUCAAGAAAUCGAGGAACUGACCAAGAUCUGUGAUGAGCUGAUAGCAAAGCUGGGGAAGACAGAUUGAGGGAUACACUACACAUACACACACACACACACACACACUACACACACACCACUACACACACACACACACACACACUACACACACGCACACACACACACACACUACACACACUGCAGGAGCCUCUACUCAGGCUCUGCUCACAAAAACAGAACUGACCCCCACACACCUUGUGCACACACACACACACACACACACAUACACACACACACCCCAAAACACAUCUCUCAAUCCAGCUGGAUCUUUUCCUGAUGUUUCUCCCAAGCCAACAGGCAAAGCCCCGCCCCCACCCCUGCCAUCUCCUAUAUCUAAACACACACACACACACACACACACACACAC